GCACUGCUGCUGCUGUUCUGUCGUAGUAUGCUGGCACGCGACGAGCUAUACUGAUAAGGCCUGAUGCAGUGUUGUCAUCUUGUGCGCGUCUAUACUCCCCGCCUAGAGCAACAUUGACGCUUCACAGGAUGUGUAAAAAUCUUGGUCUUACAGAUAUUUGGAGACUUUUGAACCCAUCUGGAGUUGUACUAUCUGAAGACCCGACUUGCGCAGGAGAAGAUGGAUCGACAGGAGAAUGGGCUGAAGCGUCGGCUACGCGUUUGUGUGGCCACAUGUAACAGAGCGGACUACUCCAAACUCGCCCCCAUCAUGUUCGGCAUCAAGUCACACUCAGAUAUCUUUGACCUGGAGGUGGUGGUGCUGGGUUCGCAUCUCAUUGACGAUUACGGAAACACCUUUCGUAUGAUUGAACAGGAUGAGUUUGAUAUUGGCUCCAAGUUGCACACCAUAGUUCGUGGUGAGGAUGAAGCCGCCAUGGUGGAGUCAGUCGGUCUCGCUCUCGUAAAGCUUCCCGACGUCCUCCAGCGUCUCGCCCCUGACAUUAUGCUCGUUCAUGGCGAUCGUUUUGACGCCCUGGCCUUGGCGACGGCAGCGGCUCUGAUGAACAUUCGCAUUUUGCACCUGGAAGGUGGAGAAGUGAGUGGAACCAUUGAUGAUUCCAUUCGUCAUGCCAUCUCCAAACUGGCACACUACCACGCUGUCUGCACGUGCUCAGCCGAGAGACACCUCAUUUCCAUGUGCGAAGACCAUUCUCGAAUCUUAUUGGCUGGCUGCCCGUCAUACGACAAGUUGCUAACUGCCCACCAACGAGAUGAUUAUGCUGAUAUCAUUAAGUCCUGGCUCGGAGAUCAUGUGAACGAGCAAGACUAUAUCGUAGCCCUGCAGCAUCCCGUUACCACAGACAUCAAGAAUUCCAUUAAGAUCUAUGAGUUAAUGCUGGACGCUCUCAUCUCCUUCAACAAGAGAACUCUCAUACUCUUCCCCAAUAUAGAUGCAGGCAGUAAAGAGAUGGUUCGUGUGAUGAGGAGAAAAGGAAUCGAACAGCACCCAAACUUCCGUGCAGUGAAGCAUGUUCCAUUUGAUCAGUUUAUCCAGUUGGUGGCCCAUGCCGGCUGUAUGAUCGGGAACAGCAGUUGUGGAGUUCGGGAGGCUGGAGCGUUCGGGACUCCUGUUGUUAACCUGGGUAAUCGCCAGACAGGUCGAGAGACUGGGGAAAAUGUUCUACAUGUGCGAGACGCAGACACGCAUAAUAAAAUCUUCCAUGCCCUGAAGCUGCAGUUUGGAAAACGCUACCCCUGCUCAAAAAUCUACGGUGAUGGAAAUGCGGUCCAACGCAUUUUGAAGUUCCUGCAAUCAAUCGACCUAUCGGAGCCGCUUCAGAAGAAGUUCUGUUUCCCACCGGUGAAGGAGUGCAUCUCUCAAGAUAUUGACCACAUUCUGGAGACCCAGAGUGCUCUUGCUGUAGACCUGGGGGGGACCAACCUGCGUGUGGCCAUUGUCAGCAUGAAGGGAAAAGUGGUUAAGAGGUAUAUUCAGCUGAAUCCUAAGACAUUUGAAGAGAGGAUGGAGCUGAUACUGACCAUGUGCAAACAGGCCAUGGCUGAUGCUGUUCACCUCAACUGUAGAAUCCUGGGUGUCGGUGUAAGCACAGGGGGCCGUGUGAACCCUCAAGAUGGGGUGGUCCUCCACUCCACAAAGCUGAUAAAUGAGUGGAGUUCAGUGGACAUCCGCACACCCCUUUCCAGCACCCUCCACUUGCCCGUCUGGGUUGACAAUGACGGGAACUGUGCCGCCCUUGCUGAGAAAAAGUUUGGCCACGGAAAUGGCGUGGAGAACUUUGUCACUAUUAUCACUGGAACCGGAAUUGGGGGCGGUAUAAUCCAGCAUAAUGAACUAAUCCACGGCAGCACAUUUUGUGCAGCAGAACUGGGACACAUCGUAGUCUCUCUGGAAGGACCAGAAUGCAUGUGUGGUAGCCACGGCUGUAUAGAAGCCUACUCAUCAGGCCUUGCCCUAGAGAGAGAAGCCAAGAGACUGCAUGACGAGGACUUGCUGUUGGUGGAGGGAAUGACUCUGAAUAACAAAGAACAGGUGACCGCUAUUCAUCUCAUCAGUGCUGCUCAUCUCGGCAACUCCAAAGCUGAGAGCAUACUUAACACAGCUGGCACUGCUCUGGGUUUGGGCAUCGUGAACAUCCUGCACAUGGUUAACCCGUCUCUGGUGAUCCUGUCUGGUGUUUUGGCUGGUCAUUAUGAGAAUCCAGUCCGUCAGGUCAUCAGCCAGCGCGCUCUCCUCUCGGCACAGGAGACUAAGGUCAUGGUGUCUAAGCUCGAAGAUCCUGCCCUGCUUGGUGCCGCGAGCAUGGUACUGGACUACACCACCCGCCGUACCUACUGAAACCAGGAACCAAUCAGUUACAGACUUUGGGACGGAGGGCCAAUCGUGUUCUUUGUUUAUAUAUUAAGUCGAUAGUGGCUUCUUAAAGCCUGACCUAAAAAACUUCAGUGUGCUUUUAUGUGUCCAACGAGAGCACACAUUGUUACAAGCAAUUGCUAUCCUAUUUUGAAUCAAAGACCUAAUCAAGGUGUUUAACUAAGAUAAAUUGAACUAUAUAAAGAAUUUAUGAAGGAGGAUUUGAUUUUAAUGUUUGUAUGCACAAUGAAACUGGGUAUUUAAUACAAGGAGGAUUCUGUAAAUAUACUGAUGCGGUUUUAUCACCCUCUCUCUCUUACGCUCUCUCUUUUAGCGCCUUAUGCUGAUCUAUUGCCAAGUCUUUCUUAUUUUUUGAGCACCAUAUGUGUAAAUUGUUUACUCCAAUCAUCCAGCCCAUAUGAAUGAGUGAAUGAAUGAACAUACAAACAAACUGCUGUUUGUCCAAUGUAUUCUAUAAUAUAUUAUUUAAUCAUUAAAACCACUGAACGCAUGUCAUUAUAUUACCAUUGAAUUGUUUUAAUUUAUAACUGGACUGCAUACAUGCUGCUAUUCACUCACUACAUAUGUAAGCAUUAUAUCUGAUGAUUAAUGAGGGAUUGUAGGACAACUGCAUUCGCAGUAUUUGCCAUUAAAGUGUAUGUAUAAACUUGUAUGCAAGUUUAUAUAUAUCACAAAUGUUGUCAAACAAAGCUUUACUUGUACAAUUGUACACUGAAACAUCAGUGGUUUCAGGUUUAUUAAUAAACUGUUUUUUUUUCC